GGCGUUCACAGUCAGGAAGUCAUGUCCAGAUCGGGUGAUAGAACAUCCACCUUUGACCCCACACACAGUGACACCCUGCUGCACGGGCUCAACCUCCUGUGGAGGAAGCAGCUUUUCUGUGAUGUGACUCUCACUGCCCAGGGACAACAGUUCCACUGCCACAAAGCCGUGCUGGCGUCCUGCUCCCAGUACUUCAGAUCCCUCUUCUCCUCCCACAAUGUGAUCAACAACAACGAGCGGGGGAGCAAAGGGGACCAGGGCAGCAGUGGGACCCCCUCAUCCUCUCCUGAUGACAAGCUGGUGACCCCCAGCGCCAGGCCCAUCAACAACCUGGUGCUCCAGGGCUGCUCCUCCAUUGGACUGCGAUUAGUGCUGGAGUACCUCUACACUGCCAACGUGACUCUCUCCCUGGACACAGUGGAAGAGGUGCUGUCGGUCAGCAAGAUCCUCAACAUCCCCCAGAUCACUAAGCUCAGCGUGCAGUUCCUCAACGACCAGAUCUCCGUGCAGAACUACAAGCCGAUCUGCAAGAUCGCUGCCCUGCACGGCCUGGACGAGACCAAGAAGCUGGCCAACAAGUACCUGGUGGAGGACGUGCUCCUGCUGAACUUUGAGGAGAUGUGCGCCAUGCUGGAUGCUCUGCCACCCCCAGUUGAGUCUGAGCUGGCCCUCUUCCAGAUGUCAGUCCUCUGGCUGGAGCAUGACCGGGAGACUCGCAUGCACUAUGCCCCGGACCUCAUGAAGAGGCUGCGCUUCGCCCUCAUACCUGCCCCAGAGCUGGUGGAGAGGGUGCAGUCGGUUGACUUCAUGAGGAGUGACCCAGUGUGCCAGAAACUACUCCUGGACGCCAUGAACUACCACCUGAUGCCCUUCAGGCAGCACUGCAGGCAGACCCUGUCCAGCAGAAUCCGUUCCAAUAAGCGAUUGCUGUUACUGGUGGGUGGUUUGCCUCCUGGACCCGAUCGUCUCCCCAGCAAUUUGGUCCAGUAUUAUGACGACGAGAAAAAGACAUGGAAGAUCCUCACAAUAAUGCCUUACAACAGUGCCCAUCACUGCGUGGUGGAGGUGGAGAACUUCCUGCUGCUGAUGGGUGGAGAGGACCAGUGGAACCCCAACGGAAAGCACAGCACUAACUUCGUCAGCCGCUAUGAUCCCAGAUUCAACAGCUGGAUACAGUUGCCCCCCAUGCAGGAGAGGAGAGCCAGCUUCUUCGCCUGCCGCCUGGAGAAGCACCUGUACGUGAUCGGCGGUCGGAAUGAGACGGGCUACCUCUCCAGCGUGGAGUCCUACAACCUGGAGACUAACGAGUGGAACUACGUGUCGUCCCUGCCGCAGCCGCUGGCCGCCCACGCAGGAUCGGUUCAUAACGGCAAGAUCUACAUAUCAGGAGGAGUACACAAUGGGGAGUAUGUGUCCUGGCUCUACUGUUAUGACCCCGUAAUGGACGUGUGGGCCAGGAAACAGGAUAUGAACACAAAGCGAGCUAUUCAUGCCCUGGCGGGAAUGAACGACCGCCUGUACGCUAUUGGUGGAAACCAUUUGAAAGGUUUCUCUCACCUGGACGUGAUGUUGGUCGAGUGUUACGACCCGAAAGCCGACCAGUGGAACAUCCUGCAGACCCCCAUCCUGGAGGGUCGCAGCGGCCCGGGCUGCGCUGUUCUGGACGACAGCAUCUUCCUGGUGGGCGGAUACAGCUGGAGCAUGGGAGCCUAUAAGUCUUCCACCAUCUGCUACAGCCCAGAGAAAGGAACGUGGACAGAGUUGGAGGGAGAGGUGGCAGAGCCUUUAGCGGGCCCAGCCUGUUCCACCGUCAUUCUGCCCGCCUGCCUCCCUUUUAACAAAUGA